UCGUACCGCAGAGGGUGUGGCUCGGCGGGAGCGGCGGCCCUGGAGCUGAUCUCAGAACAUGGACAGUGAGGUGCAGAGAGAUGGAAGGAUCUUGGACUUGAUUGGCGAUGCUUGGCGUGCAGACAAGCUGCCCUAUGAAGAUGUUGCAAUACCUCUGAACGAGCUUCCUGAACCUGAGCAAGACAAUGGUGGCACCACAGCAUCUGUUAAAGAACAAGAAAUGAAGUGGACAGACUUGGCCUGA